CCAGCGUCGGAGCGUAAACAAACUCGAUCCCAUUUUUGCAAUGUCGGCAUGUCUAGGGGACAAACGCAUACAACACGGUCUCCGUAGUGCCUCGGUACAGUCAUGUAUUCAAGGAGCAAAAGCCCCCAGAUUUUCUCUCUCGCGCCCACUCUUACUCGCGCCUGCGCACAAACGGCUGGCUAUCCUUCAAAUGACCGUCUCGCGUGAGAAACUCGAGCUCGAAGUCGCUGCGGUCUGCAAUAGUCAUGAUUACCGAUCAGGACAUUGAACGAUUUUAUUGUAAAGCCUUGGAACUUGUUAAGGAAUCUGGAGCGAUUGUGCAAAGGGCGUUCGGCGAAAGAAAACAGUUCGAAACGAAGUCAGAAUUUACUGAUCUGGUUACACAAUACGAUAGGCAGGUUGAACAACUGCUAAUUGGGAAACUCCGAGAGGAAUACCCAAAUCACAAGUUCAUCGGAGAAGAAUCAGUUGCUGCGGGUAUCAAAAGCGAGCUUACAAAUGAUCCCACAUGGAUCAUUGACCCGAUUGACGGGACCAUGAACUUUGUGCACGGGUUUCCAGUCGUUGCUGUUUCUGUCGCACUCGCUGUUCAGAAAGAGAUUGUAGUGGGCAUUGUGUACAAUCCAGCUUUGGAUCAGCUGUACACUGCGGUCAAAGGGCAUGGCUCCUUCUGCAAUGGCACCAGGCUGAAAGUCUCAGGACAAAAUGAAAUCUCUAAAGCCUUGAUAAUAAGCGAAGUAGGAAGCAGUAGGGACCCAGGCCGUAUGGAGUUUGUUUUCCGCAACAUGCAUAACCUUAUGCAGAAAGCACAGGGAUUGCGUUGCCUGGGCUCCACGGCAGUAAACAUGUGCUUUGUCGCAAGUGGUGGGGCCGAUGCCUUCUAUGAAUUUGGAAUGCAUGUUUGGGACAUGGCUGCAGCCGCACUAAUUGUUACUGAGGCCGGAGGUGUUGUCAUGGAUACUCAAGGUGGACCCUUGAAUUUGAUGCACCGAAGAGUCCUCUGUGCAAGCUCUCAUGCACUGGCAAAUACAAUCAGCCAAAUUUUGGAACAUGUCCAAUUAGAGAGUGACUAGGUUUAGCUUCGCAAUAUUUUUAUGAUAGCGUGUGUCAUAAUGACACAAGAAAGGGAUUAGUGUUUCUACAGUUCUUGUAUAGCAACUUGAUGUAGGCACAUUUGUUAUAUAGUAAGCUAUAAUACCACUAUUUCAUGAUUCAAGCAACGUAGAAUGCGUUAAUAUUUUAUUGUGUAUGUGUAGACAUUGUAAGCCCUCGUUAUUGUGAUGUUAUGAGAAAUAAUUCUUCAGUGUAAUGAAUACUGCAUGUACAGUCUGUGAUGAGCAGGCACCACUUUAGUUCCUUUGUGCUGUGAAUCUGAGGUCAUUAAAAGACCUCAGGUGGUCAAAAACAAUCUGGAGUCUUCUGUACCUUUACGCAGGUUUAAAAUGGUAAGGCAUAAUUAUAAAGACACCUCUUACAUUAUAAUAAAAACAUUCUGUGGGACCAAGUAGACUAUUAGUUACAUUCUUUGGGGAUCAAAUUUUUUUUUUUUUUUAAUUAGCAGUAAUUUCUGUAAUUUUUAGCCAGGCUCUAUAUUCACUGGUACUGCCCUACAUUUCACUCUAUGUCCUAGUGUAACUUCGCAGCACUUCCUUUCAAUUUUUGUUCAGUAAUAAGAUCUUUGCAUCUCAAUAAAGCUUAUCUUAUUUCAAAACAUA